CCCCGCCGCCGCCGCCGCCGCACGUGCAACCGCUUCGGGCCGUGGUGGCCUGUAUUCGCCUGAACCUGCUGCUGGGCGCCGGCAAUGGCGGCAGCUGCGGCGGGGAUGCGCGUGUUCAUGGAGGUGCGGAGACGGUUGCAGAGCGCGCUGCUGAUCCUGGGGGAGCCUAAAGAAGGAGGUAUGCCCAUGGAUAUUUCUCUAGCGCCCUGCUCACUCCGGGUGAAGACCCCGGAAGGCUGCGCAGAGCUCCAGCUUCCAGCAGAGGUCAGGCUCGUGCCUUCCUCCUGCAGCGGGCUGCAGUACGUCCCGGGAGAUGGACUGCACCUGCGGGUGCAGGUGCAGGCAGAACCCGACGACACCAAACUGAUUUCAGUGUUUAAUCAAAGCUCACAAGCCCAAGGAUGUUGCACAUUUUAUUGCCAGUCCUGCGGUGAAGUCGUAAUAAGGAACAGGAAGCUCCUCAGGGUGCUCCCAUUGCCGAGUGAGAACUGGGGAGCUCUAGUUGAAGAAUGGUGUUGUCAUCCUGACCCCUUUGCUGAUAAGCCACUUCAUCCACAAGAGAAUGACUGUUUUAUUGGAGACUCUUUCUUCUUGGUAAAUUUAAGAAGUGAUUUAUGGCAGCCAAGACCUGAACUAGCCCCAGUGGAGACACACUGUCCUUCUUCUGAGAACCAUUUUAAACUGAAACCAAAGGCAAAUACCAAAGUAAUUUGUAAGCGUUGCAAGGUAAUGUUGGGAGAGACCAUGUCAUCAGAAACCACCAAGUUUUAUAUAACAGAGAUAAUUAUUCAGCCGUCUGAAAGAAAUUUUUCCAUCAUACCAAGGUCUCAGUUUGUACAGAAUGUUAUCGCCCAGUGUCUGGUGGAACUCUCCUCUGCUAGAAGCACUUUUAGAUUCACUAUUCAAGGUCAUGAUGGCAAAGUGUACAUCUUGCUGUGGCUUUUAAACUCAGACAGCUUGGUGAUUGAAUCUUUGGGAAGUUCCAAGAGUAUCAAAAAAUUCCCCUUGUUGGAAGAUACCUUGAAGGCAGAUUCCAGUUCUGCCUGGAAUGCUGUCAAGGUCCUCUACCAGCCAUGCAUCAAAAACAGGAAUGAAAAGCUUUCCAGUGCUUGGGAAAGUGAUAUCAGCAUCCACUCUCUAACCCUGCCCUCUGCAACCUGCUUGGAGCUUCUUUUGAUAUUAUCAAGGAAUAAUGCCACGCUGCCGCCAUCCCUUCGCUCUGUGAAUUCCUUUCAGGUAAGUACAGCUCCUUUACCAGGUGUUGACUUUUCAGUUUUACUUGUAAUUGUUUUUUAA